UUCAAUUUGGGAUUUUUCCUGAGAAAUUAAACGAGGUCAUCCGAAUCGAAACCUGCAACUAUGAAGAUGAACAACAAAGGUUUUAAUCAGAAGCCACGUGCAAUUUAUCAUCUAAAUCUGAGUUCCAAGUCUAAAUUAGCCACCGUUAUCUUCAUCAUCAUCUUCACUCUAAUCUUCGGUACUUGGAUGGAUUUGUUUGUAAUAGGUCGAAUCCAAAUGAUGACCACAUCAAUAUUGACAACGACAAACACAAUCAUCAAGAUCCCUUUAAACUGCAACGCAAAACAAACAUGCCCUUCAAAUUAUCCAAGCAGAUUCGAACCAGCGAUCUCUUCCUCGGAAACUUGUCCUGACUACUUCAGAUGGAUCCAACAAGACCUAAAAGCAUGGGAAGAGACAGGGAUCACAAGGGAAACACUAGAGAGAGCAAAACCAAAAGCUCAUUUCAGGCUAGUGAUUAAGUCAGGGAGAUUGUAUGUUCAUCAGUACGACAAGGCUUAUGAGUCAAGAGAUGUUCUCACAAUCUGGGGGAUACUUCAGCUUCUAAGAAUGUAUCCUGGUCAAGUCCCUGAUCUUGAGCUUCUCUUCUUCUGUCAUGAUAAACCCGCUAUUUGGAAACGAGACUUUAGGCAACCACAACCAAAUGCCACGUGGCCUCCUCCACCGUUGUUUCAGUACUGUGGUCACCGUGAAGCCUACGGCAUCGUUUUCCCUGAUUGGAGCUUCUGGGGCUGUUUUAUAUGUUUUUGA